AUGUCUCAAUACGUCGGCAAGGUCAGGCGCAGGAGUUUCAUCCCUAACCUGGAGCAUCAGACCCGUUUUGCCUACGCGCGAGCCUGGCACCUCGUCGACCUCUCCACCGAUCCCCGCCCUCUCGGCCGUCUGGCUUCCCAGAUUGCCGUCGUCCUCAUGGGCAAGCACAAGCCCAUCUGGGAUCCUUCGACCGACUGCGGCGAUUACGUUGUCUGCACCGGCUGCAAAGAUUUGCGCGUCACGGGGAAGAAGAUGGAGCAGAAGCUGUAUUAUCGCCAUACUACGCGGCCCGGGAGUUUGAAAUCGAUCAGUAUGGGGAAGAUGAUGGAGAAGUUGGGCGGUGGUGAGGUGCUGAAAAGGGCGGUUCGCGGCAUGUUGCCCAAGAAUCGGUUGAGGGAUGACCGCAUGAGCAGGCUCAAAUCAUACUCUGCAGGCUUCGAAGGGCCAUCUCACCCCUUCAAGGGGAACAUCAUCAAAUUGGGCGAGAACACGAGCAGCAUAACGCAACAUCCAGAAGUGCAAGCAACUUUGCAGCAAGUGGCCUCGGGCACCACACAGUCGCCAGCUACUACGACACCGUAA